CCUCACCAUUUUAUAUAUCUUCAUUAGAUCUUCUUUCAUAUUUCUCUCUUCUUAUUUUCUCCCCCAAACAGGAAAGGAGAUAGAGAGAUGGACAACAAGACAACCCUUGGGAAUAAUAAUGUUUUAAUACUGGUGGUUGUUUGUUUUCUCUUGCUUGUGCUAGUAGGGAUUUUGGGUAAUCACAAAUACCACAAGUCAACUGAAGCUGACACUGAGGCCACGAUGAUCACAAUGAUGAUAUCUCCCCUCCCCCCUUCGAAUAACAUAAUGAUUCGGAAGACGAUGAGACAACCUUAUUCUCUUCGUCAUCACACUCAUAAGUCCAUCAAGUAUGUGAGUAAAAGAAGUGUACCAAAUGGAUCUAACCCCCUUCACAACAGCGGGAUGGCAUGAUUUUACGGAUGCAGUAGACCUCCUCACGGCUCCCCACUUCAGCAAUUAUGAGAUUGAGACACCAGACACAAC